AUGUCUUCUUCAAUCGUAAUGAACUCUGGGAGACUGUGCUUUAAUCCCUUGAGGAACUCUCCUUCAAUGCUAUCCUUGAGCAGAAGAUUGUUCUCAUCUUUGAAACAUGUCCAGAAAAACCCACAUUUGAUAACCAAUAACUACAACUAUAUUAAGAGUGGAAAUGCACUAUCUCAAAAUCUAUUUAUGAAAGAUUCUAUUAGAUCUUUUUCCAGCUCUUCGAUCUCAAAAUUUAACUCUAGUUUACAGAAAAACUACAGUGAAAACAAAGAUAACAAAGAUAAUAAAGAUAACAAAGAUAACAAAGAAAAUAAAAAUGAUAAAGAUGAUAAUAAAAACGACAAUAAAAACGACAAUAAAAAUGAAAACAAAACCCACCAACCUCAAUCAUUUUCGGAAGUACUCAACUCUCCAAGUUUCAAACAAAGUCUUUACUUAUCAAUCGGUUUAUCAGUGCUCUUAUACUUUUUGUCUCCCAAUAACCUGGAUUCCGGCGAUGUUUUGUCAUUUCAAGAAUUUAAAACUAAAUAUUUGGAAAAGGGUUUAGUAUCAAAAAUUUAUGUUAUAAAUAAAUCGCUCGUUCAAGCCGAAUUAAUCAAUGCUGUACCAACCAAGUUCGGUUUAUCCAAAUUCGUAGCUUUUACAAUUGGCUCUGUUGAUUUGUUUGAAUCUCAAAUGGAUGAAAUUCAAGAUAAAUUGAACAUCUCAAAUAAUGAAAGAAUCCCAAUAAUUUAUUCUGAAACCGGCUCGAUGCUAAACUAUAUUAUCCCCUUUUUGCCAACUCUUCUAUUAUUAGGUGGUGCUUACUGGUUAACCAAAAAAUUAAACAAAGGUCCUGGAGGCAUUGGUAGCGGUCCAGGUGGCAUAUUUAACGUUGGUAAAAGUAGUGCAAAAUUAUUCAAUCAAGAAACUGACAUUAAGAUAAAAUUUAAAGAUGUCGCAGGCUGUGAAGAAGCUAAAGAAGAAAUUAUGGAAUUUGUCCAAUUUUUGAAAAAUCCUUCAAAAUAUGAAAAAUUAGGUGCAAAGAUCCCAAGAGGUGCGAUUUUAUCGGGUCCUCCAGGUACUGGUAAGACUUUACUAGCCAAAGCAACAGCUGGUGAAGCUGGUGUGCCAUUUUUAUCUGUAUCAGGUGCAGAAUUCGUUGAAAUGUUUGUAGGUGUUGGUGCCUCAAGAGUUCGUGAUUUGUUUGCCAAAGCCCGUAAAAUGUCACCAUCAAUCAUUUUUGUAGAUGAAAUUGAUGCCAUCGGUAAACAAAGAUCAAGCAGACAGGGUAUGGGUGGUAACGAUGAAAGAGAAGCAACAUUAAAUCAAUUAUUAGUUGAAAUGGAUGGAUUUGAUACAACCGAUCAUAUUGUUGUCUUAGCUGGUACAAACAGAGCUGAUGUUUUAGACAAGGCAUUGUUAAGACCUGGUAGAUUUGACAGAAAUAUUACCUUAGAAAGACCAGAUAUUGAAGGCAGAAAAGCGAUUUAUAACGUUUAUCUUAAAAAGUUGAAACUAGAAUUUGAUAUCAAAGAAGAUGUUGAAAGAGGAAACCAAUUGGCAGGAAAGUUGGCUGCAUUGACCCCCGGUUUUUCUGGAGCAGAUAUAGCAAACUGUUGUAAUGAAGCUGCAUUGAUUGCAGCACGAACUGAUUCUGAUUUCGUCGAACUAAAGCAUUUUGAGAUUGCCAUUGCAAGAGUCAUUGCAGGAAUUGAAAAGAAAACGAGAGUCUUGUCUCCUACAGAAAAGAAAACCGUUGCAUAUCAUGAAGCUGGACAUGCUAUUUGUGGAUGGUUUUUGGAAUUUGCUGAUCCAUUAAUCAAAGUUUCCAUUAUCCCCAGAGGUCAAGGAGCAUUAGGGUAUGCACAAUAUCUACCACCAGACCAGUAUUUAAUAUCGGAAAAACAAUUUAUGGACAAGAUGGUUAUGACAUUGGGUGGGAGAGUUAGCGAAGAAUUACACUUCCCAUCUGUGACGUCUGGUGCCUCGGAUGAUUUCAAAAAAGUAACACAAAUGGCCCAGGCAAUGGUUACAAAAUUGGGCAUGUCGAAAAAACUAGGUCCAAUCCAAUUUGAGCAAGAUAAUAAUGAUGCUGGAAUCCAAGUGCAUAAGGCCUUUUCGGAGAAGACCUCGAGGCUAAUUGACUUGGAGGUCAAGAGAUUGGUAGAAGAAGCAUUGGACAGCUGCAGAAGGUUGUUGAAGGAAAAAAUCGAGUUGGUUGAUUUGGUGGCUGAGGAGUUGUUGGUGAAGGAGGUCUUGACGAGAGAAGACAUGAUAAGAAUUGUCGGGGAACGACCCUUCAAGGAGAAGAACGAGGCCUUUGAGAAAGGAAUAGAUCGAUUAAAUAAAAAAGUAAAAGAUGGUUUGGAGUCUUUUGAUAGUUUAUACGAAAGACACCAAAAGGCUACAAACAAUUCUCAAAGAGAUAAACUAGAAUCCGAUUUGAAAAGAGAUGUCAAAAAAUUACAAAAACAAAGAGAAACAAUUAAAAAUUGGCAAAAUUCAACUGAAAUUAAAGAGAAAAAAAAUAUAGAUACAUUAAGAAAAGAAAUUGAAAGCAGAAUGGAAAUUUAUAAAAUCAUUGAAAAGGAUUCAAAGACCAAAGCAUUCUCUAAAAUUGGUUUGGCUAUACCAGAAAAAAUUGAUCCUAAAGAGAAAAAAAAAAUCGAAACAAUAAAUUUUAUUCAAAAUUAUUUAGACGAAUUGGAAAGAAAAAUCGAAAAACACGAUUCAGAGUUGACAAGUUUAAAUUUACUAAAUGGUAGAAGGAAAAAACAUUCAAGAAAUUUGAAUGAUAUUAAAAAUAAAAAAGAAGAGCUAAUUAAUUUUAAAGAACAAUGUAAAUUUCAUCAAAAUAAAUUAGAGAUUAUUUUAAGAUUAGUCCAAAAUGGCGAUUUGAGUCUUGCAAAAGUGAAAGAAUUAAAAGAUGAUUUAGAUUAUUUUAUUAAAGAUUACCAGGAGCCUGAUUUUUAUGAGAAUGAUCAAAUGUAUAAUGAUUUAAAUUUAGAUGAUUAUGAGGAUUUAGUGACUGAUAUAACAUCAAAUUCGCUUAACCUCAAUUUAAAUUUGAUUUCCAAUUCAAGUUCGAUUUCAAAUUCCAGUUUCAAUUCCAAUUCCAAUUCCGAUGUUAAGAGAUCUACACCUGGACCAAUCGAUGAUUUGAAUAAUACAUCGGUGAAGAAUUCUAGAAUAAAAAGACGAAAUUCCUUAAUAAAUACUCCAAUAAAUAACAAUAGUACUAAGAAUGGGAAAAUAAAAUCGAUAUUAAAUGGACAUUCAAAUUCUAUACAUCGUCGGACAAGUAGUAGUCAUAGUAAUCAUAAUAAUAAUAAUAAUAAUAAUAAUAAUAAUAAUCACACAAUUAAUAAUAGUAUUAAUAGUGGAAGUAUAAGUAUAGGAGAUAAUAAUCCACAGGAAAGCAGUAGCACAUCUUUUUCGAGAUCGAAUUCUGGUACACCGAAACCAUCACAUAAUUUAUUGGGAUCUCCAAUAAUAAACUCUGUGGGUGCAUCAGUGCCAGUGCUAACAUCGAUAGCAUCAACAGGGUCUAUAAGAUUGAAACCCUCGACGGGGCCUGUUAGACCUGCAGGAGAAAAGAAAUGGGCGACAGUGGUGUCAUUAAAAGAGAGUGACAGUGAUAAGAGUGAUGAUAAGAGUGAUGAUAAAAGUAAUGAUAGUAAUCGACUAAAAAUUUUGAAUAAAGAAAAUAGAGUAUCUAAAUCGAUAGGUGAAGGUAUAAUAAAUGAAAAUAAAGAUGAAAAUAUAAAUAGAAAUAGAAAUAGAAAUGAAAAUGAAAAUGAAAAUGAAAAUGAAAAUGAAGUUAAUGAAGCAGUAGUGAUAACCCAAGAGAAUGAUAAUAGUAAAGAAAAUGAGCAAGAAGAAAAAGAAAAGAAAGAAGAAAAUCAGAGAAAUGAAAAUGUCAAGAAAUUCAAAAGUGAUAUUAAUAAUAAAGAUAAUGGAAAAAUUGAUAUUAAUCUUGAUAUGAAUCUUGGUAUGGAUAAGAUAUUUAAGAUACCUGAUAUAAGUAAAAUAGAUAAUAAAGUUGAGAAUAUGGAUAAAAUAUUGGAUAAAAGAGAAGGAAAAAUAACAGUUUUGGAUAAAAGUAAUAAAAAGGAAAUAUUAAAGAUCGGAGAUAAAAUAGUUAUUAAAGAUAAUAGUAAGAGUAAUAACGAAGAAGAAAGAGAAAAGGAAGAAGAAGAAGCAAUGGUAUUUCUUCCGUUGAGUAUUCAAAAUGCCAUUAAUCAAAUUGACCGAACUAAUAAUGAAGAAAAAGAAUAUAAAAACAUUGAAUUUGAAUUACGGUUAAAAGAGUUUUAUGAAAAAAAGACAAAGAAGUCUGAUGUUUCCAAAAACUCAAAUCUUGAGAUACUUAUUCAAAUGAUUGAGAAUGAGAAUGAAUACAAUGAAUUAAGAGGAAGAAGUGGGUUUAAUAUUGAAGAAUUUAAAAAAGGAUUAAGAGAGAAAGAUAAUUUGAUUAAUUUUUAUGGAUAUUAUUUUGGAAAAAGUCUGAUUGAAAAGCAAAUUAAUAAGAAAAUAUUAGAAGAGAAGAAUUUUCGAAAUGAUAAAAUUUAUAGGGAUAAUUGGUACCAUAAGAUUGAAAGUAAAAAAGUUAUUCGAGUAGGAAAGGAGAUUAAAGUUAUCAGAGAAAAAGAGGAAGAGAAGCAAAUUAAGAUUUAUGAGUAUGGGGUAUUUGAGAUUUUUAAUUACUAUAAGUGGACAAUUGAUUUAGUUCCAGAAUAUUGUAUUGGAAUUGAUGAGAUUGAAAGCGAAUUUUCAUAA